AGUGGUAAACUUUCUUUGUUUAGGUUCUUCUCUACAAAAUAAGUUUGUUUACACAAGAUGGCAGCGUCCGGGUCAGGCUCAGCGACAGGGCCAGAAUUCAGGCGGAAAUGGGACCGAGAUGAGUACGAGUCCAUUGCUCAGCAGCGCUUACGUGCAGAGAGGGAUGCCACCCAAGCUCAAAACCAGAAAGCUGUUCCUGUAAAGCGUGAGCUACUGAAGCAGCGUGACUACAAAGUUGAUAUUGAUUCCAAGCUCGGCAAGAGUCAAGUUAUAACCAAGACCACACCUGCAUCGCAGUCAGGAGGGUACUACUGCAACGUGUGUGAUUGUGUCGUCAAGGAUUCCAUCAACUUCUUAGAUCAUAUCAAUGGCAAAAAACAUCAGAGAAAUUUGGGCAUGUCCAUGCGUGUCGAACGGUCAUCUUUGGAUCAGGUAAAAAAGCGAUUUGAUUUAAAUAAGAAAAAAUUGGAAGAAAAGAGAAAAGAUUAUGACAUAGAACAGCGAAUGCAAGAGUUAAAGGAAGAAGAAGAAAAAUUGAAGGAGUACAGACGAGAGAAAAGAAAGGAACGGAAACGUAAAGCAGAUUCUUCACUUGAUGACGACAUGGGCUCGGGUGGAAUGGACCCAGAAAUGGCAAAAAUAAUGGGAUUUACCGGAUUUUCAUCAUCUAAAAAAUAACUAGAAUGUUAUGAUUGGUAUCCACACACAUUAUUUGACUAUUUCCACUUUCAAAUAGUCAGAACCUGCAUUAUUGUUAUUAAUUAAUUACUUAAAUUUGUCUUGUGCAUAAACUUUCAUCACUAUUUCAUUAUGGAAGAAUAUAGAGGAGAGAUUUGUGAUUUUCACAAAUUACAAAUGAAUAUUCAAACAAGCCAUACAUACACAGUGUUUAUUGAUAUAAAGUGUAUAGUAUUUGUGUCCUAUAAGUCUAGUACUGUUUUACAAAUAAAUUAUUUUGUCAAA